ACCAUAAAAUAUGUACGAUCACGUCUCUUGGUUUCAUAAUUUUGUACUUUUCUUUAUGUCCUCAAUGUAUUCUAUAUAGACGUUUAAAUUCAGAUUUACUCAUUUACCCUAUUCAAAUAUACAUAAAAUUUUGAUUCAUGUCUUUCUUCCGGUUCCUCCUACUAAUACUCUUCCUCUCAACACAUCAAACUCUAUCUCGAUCUUCUCCGGAUUCAGCCUCCCUAAUAAGAUCGGUCUGCAAGUCGACUCCAUACCCUGAUGUCUGCUUCGACUCCUUGAAGCUAUCAAUCUCCAUAAACAUUAAUGUCAAUGUCGUCCUCCAGUCUCUCCAGUUUGCCAUUAAUGAAGGUGUUAAGCUAUUACCUUUUUUGUCAAACACCGAUGGUAAUAUCAUCGAGAAACAAAAGGGAACCAUCCAAGAUUGCAACGAACUCCACCAAAUAACUCUUUCCUCAUUAAAGAAGUCGCUUUCUAGACUCACCACAACUUCGUCUUCUUCUUCCUCGAAUAAGUUAGCAGAUGCCGGGGCCUUCCUGUCGGCAGCUGUCACCAACAAGAAUACGUGUUUAGAAGGCCUAGAGUCGGCUUCGGGUCCUCUAAAACCACUCCUAGUCGACACCAUAACCACUGCUUACAAGCAUGUUAGCAAUUCUCUUUCACUUCUCUCUGCAUCUAGUUCGAAGGAAAAAGAUAAGUCAAAACAUCACAAGACCACCAACAAAGGAAUGGAUCUUCCAAAAUGGUUAUCCGGGAAAGAUCGCAAGAUUUUCCGCAAUGAUUAUGAAGAUGAUAAUGAUGACUAUGACUAUGAUUACAACACGCUAACUGUGGCAAACGAUGGGAGUGGCAACUUCACCACCAUUACUGACGCCAUAAACUUUGCUCCAAACAAUAGUGUUGACAGGGUCUUAAUCUACAUUAAACAGGGGUUGUAUGAAGAAAAUGUAGAGAUUCCUAGUUAUAAAACAAACAUCGUUCUGCUUGGAGAAGGAAGUGAUAUCACUACAAUCAGUGGUAACAGAAGUGUGAUUGAUGGUUGGACUACUUUCCGAUCCGCCACUGUUGGAGAAGGAUUCUUGGCACGUGACAUUGGAUUUCAUAACAUAGCAGGACCAGAGAAGCAUCAGGCUGUUGCUCUUCGUGUCAAUGCAGACUUAGCCGCUGUCUAUAGAUGUGCAAUAAGCGGUUAUCAAGAUACGUUGUACGUCCACUCCUUCAGGCAAUUUUACAGAGAAUGCGACAUUUAUGGGACUAUAGAUUACAUAUUCGGUAAUGCAGCGGUCGUGUUUCAGGGAUGCAAUAUUAUAUCCAGAAUGCCCAUGCCCAGCCAGUUCACGGUGAUCGCCGCCCAGUCCAGAGACUCACCGGAUCAACAAACAGGAAUUUCGUUUCAGAAUUGUUCCAUUUUGGCUACGGAUGAUCUCCGAGAUCGCUCUUCCUUUGUUACAAAUUCAACUAGUAUCCCCGCAGUGAAAAGCUAUCUUGGGAGGCCAUGGAGGACGUACUCUCGCACAGUUUUCAUGGAGUCGUACAUUGAUAAUUUAAUUGACCCAAUGGGGUGGAUCCAUUGGUCAUCGAAAGAUGAAGGUUUGGAGAGCUUAUAUUAUGGCGAGUAUGGUAACAUUGGACCUGGUUCAAGGGUGGAGGGUCGAGUUAGCUGGCCUGGUUACCACGUCAUGGAUUAUAAUGAAGCUACUAAUUUCACAGUAACAGAGUUCAUCGCCGGCGAAGAGUGGCUAGACUCUACAUCGUUUCCUUACGAUGAUUGGGUUUGAUGUAAUUUAGUAAUAGGUGUGAUGAAGAUGUAAUUCUCUUUGUUUUUUUUUUUCCUUCUUGGUUAGAGGUAAAAAUGUGACUUUCAUUGAUUUUUCCUCAUCCAGCUCAACGAUGCUAAAUCCGGUGUUGUGUGUAAAAAUCGAGUAAGCUUAGUUUGUUAGUUGUUGAAUAUUGAUCCAAAUCAUCAACGGUCACUUGGAAUUAGUCAGCUAAGAGACCUGUUAAUCAGGAAGUAUUGGGCGAGAUAUUUGGGAUAAAGAUGCUACUUCAAUUCGAGAUAGUGCUCCUUAGUUUUCUCUUUAUUGUUAUGUUUCCAAAGUAUAAAUAAGUCAUUCUUGUUUUCUUGUUUUGUACACACCUUUAAAUUCAAUAAUAAGCGGUGGUUUCCCAA